CUGAACGUUGCCGUAGAGCGAUCUAAAAAUAGAAGACGUGUGCCACAUGUGUUUACAACAAUCAGCCAAUGUGCUUCCGGACGAUGGAGCUUCGUUAGUCGUACGCUGUGCUUCAGUGAGUUAAAAUGCUGCACUGUGUUGUAUGCUACAUUUCACUUGCAUUGUUUUUAGGGAUAAGGCUAUGUGAUGCACGAGAUUUGAAGUACAAAACGAAAGACAGUGACGGUUGGUGGAAAUCAGGGGUUUUUUACCAAAUCUAUCCAAGAUCAUUCAUGGAUAGUAACGGAGAUGGCAUUGGCGAUUUGCGUGGAAUCAUUGAGAGGUUGGAUUAUUUAGAGGCAAACAAAAUAGAUGGCUUUUGGUUAUCGCCCAUAUUCAAAUCACCCAUGGCUGACUUCGGUUAUGACAUUUCCGACUACUACUCGAUCCAUCCAGAAUAUGGCACACUAUCAGAUUUUGACGAACUGGUCAAGCAGGCCCACGAUCGUGGGAUGGAAGUUAUUCUAGAUUUUGUACCCAACCACACUAGUGAUGAGCAUGAAUGGUUUAAAAAAUCCGAGCAGCGUGUACCCGGUUACGAGGAUUUUUACAUAUGGCAUCCAGGGCGAAAAAAUGUAAAUGAUGGUUCCAGCCGACCCCACCCUCCCUCUAAUUGGGUUAGCUUUUUUCGAGGCAGCGCCUGGCAGUGGAGUGAGGUACGCCAAGAAUACUACUUGCAUCAGUUCUCGAUCAAACAGCCAGAUCUCAACUAUCGCAAUCCGGACGUGGUGGAAGCUAUGAAAGAAGUGAUGCGGUUUUGGCUUCGCCGUGGGGUUGCAGGAUAUCGGAUAGAUGCAGUUCCGACUCUCUUUGAGGUGCUGCCUGGUGCUGACGGUCAGUUUCCGGAUGAGCCUCUCAGUGGAAAUACUGAUGACCCAGAUGACCCGGGCUAUCUCGUGCACAUUUUUACACAAGACCGUAACGAAACGCUUGACAUGAUUUAUCAGUGGCGAGCUGUAAUGGAUCAUUUCCAACAACAUUACGGUGUGCGUGAGCGCAUUUUAAUGGCAGAAACGUAUUCGCCAAUUGAUAUUGUGAUGAAAUAUUAUGGAAACCAAACGGUUCCUGGAGCGCAAAUUCCAUUUAAUUUUCAUCUCAUAACCGAUUUAAACAAUAGUUCAAAAACUUCUGAUUUUAAAAAUGCGAUCAAUUACUGGCUUGGGAAUAUGCCCAAUGACGAAUCAAUAGUUCCUAAUUGGGUGAUUGGUAAUCACGAUCAACACCGAGUGGCUAGCAGAUUCGGAGAUGAUAUGAUAGAUGCUAUGAAUAUGAUCAUACUUUCUUUACCAGGUGUUAGCGUAACGUACAAUGGGGAAGAAAUAGGAAUGGACGAUGUUUGGAUAUCAUACAACGACACCGUAGAUCCAGCGGCGUGCAAUGCGGGACCAGAUAAAUAUCAAUAUACAACACGUGAUCCCGAGCGGACGCCAUUCCAGUGGGAUUCGUCUAAAAAUGCUGGAUUCUCCGAAGCCAACCACACUUGGUUGCCUGUUUCAUCGAAUUACACGUUAGUAAACGUUCAAAUGCAAUUACUAAAUGAUAGAAGCCAUCUUAAGGUUUACCGCCAGUUGGUAGAGAAAAAGAAGAAUACAAAUUACGACCCGCGCAGCUUAGGAACUUUUGUCGAGGACAAUGUUUUAGUAAUACUUCGACACGUAAAAGAUGAUCAAACAAUAUCUAUUUACACUGUAGUUAAUAUUGGCGAUGUAGUCAAAAUAAUCGAUCUAACUAAGUAUGAGCCCUCUCUUAAAUUUGCUAUUUUGGAUAUUCUAUCCGUAUCCAGCUCCAAAAGCAGAUUGUAUCUAGUACCUGUUGAUCAUAUAGUCGUUGAAGCAAAAGAAUCAUUUGUUUUGAUGGCAUACACCUUGCAAAAUGCGCCGGAGGUAAUUCAAAUAUGAUUAUGAUUCCUUCUGAGCGUACACUACUUUUUUCGGAUAAAGACUGAAUUGCACGCUUGUUCAGCGGGUGGCGAUUUUAUUCAUGUUUAGCAAUACAAUUUUAGUAAUGGAAUAA